AUGGCCGUCAUAACCUCCCAAGCACCCCCCAAAGGCGACAACUCCAUAACAGUGACGGACAACCGCACCGGCAAGACCAUCGUCAUCCCCAUAACCCACAACGCCAUCCCCGCCACGGCCUUCAAAGCCCUCAAAGCCCCCGUGCCCAAGACCGAGGAUGGAAUCGACACGGACGACACUGCCAACGGCAUCCGCAUCUUUGACCCCGCAUACCUAAACACCGCGGCCAUCUCGUCGAAAAUCACAUUCAUAGACGGCGACAAGGGCUUCCUCAUGCACCGCGGAUACCCGAUCGAGCAGCUGGCCGAGAAGAGCGACUUUCUGGAGACGGCCUAUCUCCUCAUCUACGGCGAUCUGCCGGCAAAGCAGCAGUACGACCUGUGGAAGUACGAGGUUAUGCACCACACCUUCCUCGCCGACGACCUCACAAAGCUGAUUGGCUCCAUGCGUUACGACUCCCACCCCAUGUCCGUGUUCAUCUCCGCCUUUGCAGCCAUGGGCGCAUUCGCGCCCGAGGCCAACCCCGCGCUCCAGGGCCGCAACCUCUACAUCAACAACAAGGACAUCAUGAACAAGAACAUCAUCCGCAUCCUCGGCAAGGCCGCCACCGUCGCCGCCUUCUCGAUGCGCGUGCGCAUGAACCGCCCGUUCAUAUCGCCCCGCGCGGACCUGGGCUACGCCGAGAACAUGCUCUACAUGAUGGACUCCAUGUCCGAGGGCGAGAACUACAAGCCCGACGCCCGCCUCGCGAGGGCCCUCGAGAUCCUGUUUAUCCUGCAUGCGGACCACGAGAUGAACUGCUCUACCUCCACCAUGACGCAUGUCGGCAGCUCCCUCGUCGACCCAUACUCUGCCGUGGCUGCCUCCGCGGCUGCACUCUACGGACCCCUCCAUGGCGGCGCCAACGAGGCCGUCAUCCGCAUGAUUGAGAAGAUUGGCAGCGUGGAGAAUGUGCCGAAGUUCUUGGCGGACGUCAAGGAGAAGAAGGAGCUGCUCUUUGGCUUCGGACACAGGGUCUACAAGAACACGGACCCGCGGUCAAAGAUCAUCAAGGAGGUGUCGGAGACGGUGUUUGAGGCGUGUGGCCGCGAGCCGCUGAUUGAGGUUGCGAUCGCGCUCAAAGACGCGGCGCUGGCGGACCCGUGGUUUGUGGAGAAGAAGCUGUACCCCAAUGUGGACUACUGGUCGGGGCUCAUCUACAAGGCCAUGGGCUUCCCGCUGGACUUUUACCCGAUCCUUUUUGCGGUUCCGAGGGUUGCGGGUUGGCUGGCGCAUUGGAAACAGGCACUCGACACGUCGGGCGCAAAGAUCUGGCGCCCGAGACAGGUGUAUGUCGGCGAGAAGCUGCGCGACUAUAUCCCCAUGGAGCAACGGGCCGCGAAGGAGAUUGUGGACAGCAAGGACGGCGUCAAGGAGCUGCCGCACUACCAGAGCAAGCGGAGGCUGGGAGCAAAGUUGUGA